AUGCAUCUUUCUUUCUUUUUCAUGAAAUCAGUGCGUCUUUCUUUCUUUUUCAUGAAAUCAUUGAAUCUUUCUUUCUUUUUUCAUGAAAUCUUGGCAUUUUUGUUUCUUUUUCAUGAAAUAUUGGCAUCUUUCUUUCUUUUUCAGGAAAUCAUUGCCUUUUUCUUUUUCAUGAAAUCUUGGCCUUUUUGUUUCUUUUUUAUGAAAUCAUUUCAUCUUUCUUUCUUUUUCAUGAAAUCUUUGCAUUUUUUAUUCUUUUUCAUGAAAUCAUUGCAUCUUUCUUUCCUUUUUCAUGAAAUCUUGGCAUUUUUGUUUCUUUUUCAUGAAAUCAUUGCAUCUUUCUUUCUUUUUCAGGAAAUCAUUGCAUUUUUCUUUUUCAUGAAAUCUUUGCAUCUUUAUUUCUUUUUCAUGAAAUCUUUGCAUCUUUCUUUCUUUUUCAUAAAAUCUUUGCAUUUUUCUGUUUUUUUUUUCAUGGAAUCCUUGUAUCUUUCCUUCUUUUUUUAUGAAAUCAUUUCAUCUUUCUUUCUUUUUCAUGAAAUCUUUGCAUUUUUGAUUCUUUUUCAUGAAAUCAUUGCAUCUUUCUUUCUUUUUCAUGAAAUCUUUGCAUUUUUGAUUUUUUUUCAUGAAAUCAUUGCAUCUUUCUUUCUUUUUCAGGAAAUCAUUGCAUUUUUCUUUUUCAUGAAAGUUUUGCAUCUUUCUUUCUUUUUCAUGGAAUCUUUGCAUCUUUCUUUCUUUUUUAUGAAAUCAUUUCAUCUUUCUUUCUUUUUCAUGAAAUCUUUGCAUUUUUGA